AGACAAAAUUUACUUAAAAAAAAAAAACAUUCACAUCAUAACUUAUGCAAUCAAAAUAACCUAAAUAGAAAAAAAAAAUAUCACUUUGUAAAUCUCAUAACAGAUUUAUCUAUUUCCUCCACCGAGAGGGAUACUCUUAUAAAAGGAACCUCAAAGAUGCUCAAUAUCAUAUACAUUCCUUGUUUCUCCAUUAAAAAUUUCUGCUAUGGCCAGUGUCAUCUCAGCUGUAGGAAGAAGGCUUGAGGGGAAGGUGGCAAUGGUCACCGGUGGUGCUAGCGGCAUCGGUGAGGCCACUGCAAGACUCUUCUCUAAGCAUGGAGCACACGUGGUGAUAGCUGAUAUCCAAGACCAUUUAGGUCUUUCUCUUAGCAAGGAGUUGGAAUCCGCUUCCUAUAUCCAUUGCGAUGUCACAAACGAAAACGAUGUUGAGAACGCUGUUAACUCGGUGGUUUCCAAACACGGCAAACUAGAUACCAUGUUCAACAACGCCGGCAUAACCGGGGCGAACAAAACCAGCAUAUUGGACAACACGAAGUCGGAAUUUGAGGCAGUGAUCAACGUUAACCUAGUUGGUGUUUUUCUUGGAACAAAGCACGCUGCAAGGGUUAUGAUUCCUGCGCGGAGAGGAAGCAUAAUCAACACUGCCAGUGUCUGCGGAAGCAUAGGUGGCGUGGCCUCACAUGCGUACACAGGUUCGAAACACGGUGUGGUGGGGUUGACGAAAAACAGUGCGGUGGAGCUUGGAGCAUUCGGUGUGAGGGUGAACUGCGUAUCACCGUACGUGGUUGCCACACCCUUGGCUAAGAACUUUUUUAAGCUUGACGACAAGGGGGUUCUCGACGUGUAUGCAAACCUAAAAGGUGCUACUCUUGAACCAAACGAUGUGGCCGAAGCUGCUCUGUAUUUAGCCAGCGAUGAAUCCAAGUAUGUCAGUGGUCUCAAUCUUGUGGUUGAUGGAGCCUUCACUGUCCUCAACAGUGGCUUUUGUGUCUUUGGACAAUCAUCAUGAAAAUUUGCUUGCGUGCCUUUCGGUAAUGACUUGUUUUAUUUUGAAUAAUUGAACACUAUCUGUUGUUAGUGUUUUCGUAAGGUUUUCACUUUCUUCCUUUUGCACCCUUCACAUGACUCAAAUGCUUUUUUUCUGUUCUUCUUUGUUUGAGAACUCAUUCUAUUUUUAUGGGUCUUUGUACUGUGUUCAUAUACAUAUAUAAAUUGAACUUUGAUUGCCAUGUCAAGCUAUAAGAUAUAAUGAUCUAUCAGUUUUAAGAAGUUGUGAAGAUGAUAUUUUUGUCAAAUUGGUGGAGUAGAAU